AUGACGGACACCCUGGUAAAUAGAUUGGUUCUCGACGAGUUGGACUAUGACGUUGAUGUGAUGCGUGAAGAUCUUAAGAAAUACCUUUCAUCCAUUACUAACGAGCAGAAAAACGUGUUCGAUGAUAUCAUGGAUGUUGUUACAAAUGACAGAGGUGGACUGUUUUUUCUUUAUGGGAAUGAAAGAACGGGAAAGACUUUCAUAUGGCAAACUUUAUCGGCUACUAUCCGUUCAAAAGGCGUUAUAAAUGUUACUUCCAGUACUGGCAUUGCUUCGCUUCUACUUCCCGGUGGCAGAACUGCUCAUUCGCGAUUUGGACUGCCAAUAAUUGUACAUGAGAGCUCCACAUGCAACAUCAAACAAUAG